GGCGGCAUAGAAGUUCCCUAAAUAAAUAAUAAGAUGGAGGAGGAGAAUGAUGUAAGCUGCCUUGAGCCCUUUGCAGGAAAAAGGCAGGAAAUAAAUAAAUAAAUAAAUAAAUAAAUAAAUAAAUAAAGGAUCCGUGACCUUCCUGACAAAGGGGAAAUACCUGUUGAAGGAGCAGGAUGGCAGCUCGAGGUUGAUAGGCAAAUGGUCAUGGAUCAUCUGGGUGGGUUGAAAGAGUUCAGGUCUUCUGGGUUGGAUGAACUCCACCCUAGACUCAAAGGAGGUGGCAGAAGAACUCUCAGAACCACUGUUUGCUAUCUUUGAGAAAUCAUGGAGGACAGGGGAAGUGCCAGAUGACUGGAGAAGGGCUAAUGUUUUCCCAAUCUUCAGGAAAGGAAAAGACUACAGACCAGUCGGUUUGAUAUCAAUUCCUGAGAAAAUUCUGGAGCAGAUUAUAAAGCGUCUGCAGUCACCUUGAAAACAAUGCAUUGCUAGACACCAACAUGGAUUUCUAAGAACAAAUCCUGCCAGACUAAUCUCAUUUCAUUUUUUGAUUGGGUAACCUCCCGGAUGCACUGUGGAAAUGAUGCGAACAUUAUCUUGCCUUAAGCAAAGCAUUGACAAAGUGCCCCAUGAUAUCCUGAUUAGCAAACUAACUAGAAGUAGGCUAGAGGGCUACAGAAUCGGACUCAAAGACUGCUUAUCAGUGCAACCUUCUCGAACGGGAGAGGUAACGAGUGACGUGCCACAGGUUAAGUCCUGGGUCCAGUGCUCUUCAACACUUGUGCUAAUGUCUAGGACUAGGAUGAGGAAGUGCAAGGAAUGAUGAUCAGAUCUGUAGAUGACACAAAACUGAGUGGAAUAGCCAACACCCUGGAAGACAGAAACAAGUUUUAAGGAGGUGAUCCUGAUGGGUUGGAGUGCUGGGCUGAAAACAACAGCAUGAAAUUCAAGUUGAGACAAAUGCCAAGUUCUGAACAUAGGGAAAGGGAACCGAAUGCACAGUUACCAGAUGGGGAAUACUUGGCUCAACACUAGUAGUGAGAAAAACCUUGGAAUUAUUAUAGAUCACAAGCUGAAUAUGAGGCAACAAGGCAGUGUCGCUGCAAAAGGGACAAAAGCUGUUUUGGGCGGCAUUAAUAGAAUCAUCAUUCCAAAUCGUGCGACAUGCAAGUUCUCCCGUAUUCAGUCGUUCUCACCGCAUCCAGUUCUGGGAACCAAAGUUUAAGGAAGAUGCAGACAAGCUGGAUAAGGGUUCAGGAGAGGGCGACAAGGAUGUUCCGGGGAGUGGAGGAAAGUCCUAUGAGGAGAGAUCGAAAGAAUUGGGUGUGUUUAGCCUCAAGAAGAGAAGAGUGAGCAGAGGACUUGAAAGGCUGUCACCAAGAGGAAGGCCAGGAUCUCUUCUUCAUCAUCCCAGAGUGCAGGACACGGAAUAACAGGCUCAACUUACAAGAAGGCAGAUUCCAGCUGAACAUCAGGAGGAACGGUCGGACGGUUAGUGGUUCCGUUGCCAUAGUUCUCUGAGCAGGGGGUUGGACCUCAUGGCCCUCUGGCCCCUUCCAACUCUGCUCAUCUUUGAUUCUACACAGGUGGCCUGUCAUUGGCUGCACAUGGAGCCACCGAAGGGCACACCUGGGCCUUGGACUGAGCAUCUCUGGAUCAAAGCAUCCAUUUGCUCGUGAUACCAAUGCGCUCCCUAGAGAGGUCCGCCUGGCACCGUCAUUAUAUGCUUUUCAACGCCAGGUCAAGACCUUUCUAUUUGAUCAAUAUUUUAAUGUCAAUCCAUUUUAAUUGUAUAUGUAUUUAUCUAAUUUAUUUUAAAGAUGUCAGUUUUAUACUCAGUUUGUGGUAUAACUAAUUUAUUUUGUUUAGGAUUUAUAAUAUUCUGUAGCUGUUCAGAGAUGACAAUGAUGGACAGCCUAUAAAUUUCCUAAAUAAAUAAAUACCAAGACUCACUAGAGAGAGGUGACUCAUGCAGGCACAUGGCUCUUACAUACAUAAGAUCUGAAGUCAGCCUUUCCUGAGCAGAAAAAUGGCAUGCAUUCUUUUGGAUUUAAUUCAGCAUGGGCUAACAGAAUUAAACAAUGCAAAAUAAAUAAACCAAAGUAUCAGCAAGCAAAUUUCUCAGCAGUCAGAAACAUAGAGAAUGCGGCUAGAGAAUUCUGGCUGAGCUCCAGCAGCAAAGAAAACCAAGAAUGAUCUAAGUGGGUGAAGCCAAUGACUUGAUUGAAGGUGCCCUGUGUGUUAUUGGGGUUGUGGAGUGCCCUUGUUUUGUCUUUGAGUUGUACUUUGAAGGAACUAAGAGUGGCAGCAAAUUUUGGGUGCUCAGAAAGGGAGUUCUAGGUUUAUGGGAUGGCCAAGAGUGAACGGGUGCUGUAGUGAUAGCAAGAACUUUGUUGUAUUGAACUGGCCCAGAGUACAUCAAAAAUGUAGAGAAGAAAACAUAGUCCCAUAGCAGUGUUACAAACUUCAUUUAUUUAAAUUAUUCUUGACCUGACUUGCGCUUAGAGCUGCUAAAUAGAAGGGAGGAGGGGUAAAAUACCAAUGGCUUUAAAAACAGAAUAAACAGAAAUCAUACUUGCUUGAGAUGUAAUUAAUUCCCGACUUCUGAAAGUAUAGCAUACAAAAUUAAAUACAGGAAGUUUUGCACAAAUUCUGUUGAGGGUGGAGUGUUCAGGUCUACGCUUACGAAAAUUUAAAAUGACAAGGGUGGAAGAGGGUUCGACUGGGAGCUGUUGUUUGUCCCAUGACCACCCCACCCUUCCUUGCAGACCAGUCCAAGUGGUGAACACCUCUCGUUCCUGAUCCAGAGCUGCACACAAGCGCAAGCCAUCUGUUUGUUCAGCUGUGACCUCAUAGAAUCACAGAACAGUAGAGUUGGAAGGGGCCAAGAAGGCCAUUCGGGUCCAGUCCCCUGCUAAUUGCAAGACACUAAGUUACACCAUCCCACAAUUAUUUAGUGGCGCUUAGGUGUUUUACCUGUUUCUGUCCCGGUUUAUUAUGGCCUUACCAAAACUAUUUCAUGUCCAUGGGAUUUAUUUUGGAUUUUUUCAUCAGAGCGUAAUUCAUUUACAAGAAAAUGGAAUGGUGUGUACAUUAUUGUUUUAACUACAAAAAGUAGAUGUGAAACUCUGAACAGCUUUUAUUGUGGCAGCUAUGUAAAACUGGUAAAAGAUAAUGGUAAAACAGCCUUCCUACUGCUUGAACAUGCUUCUAGGACUGUGAAGAUCCAAGUACUUCCAUCACUGUAUUUUGUCACUGGGAAAAUUCAAAUGCAGUGAAUUUUUCUUUCUGAAAAAACCACAUAUACAAAUGCCGGAAUCAAUUUUCUAAAUCUAAUAGCCGCAACAAUUAGUCAACAUAUGGAAGCAGCACCUACCCAAAUUACAAAAUAGCUGGGGAAAUGGAUGAAAGAAUAAGUGAAGAAAUGCAAAAUGUGCUACACCGGUGUGAAACUUAUGCAGCACCGCGGGAACUUUUGCUGUGCUUUUGUUCAGAACAGCCGUAUCCUGCUUUCAGUAGUAAAAUUGGGUAACAGGAAACUCUUAAUUGUAAAGCUUCCGCCACAAUUUCCCCUGUACUUUUCCUUGAGUCUUGCAGGCUGCACUGGGCAGGUGGUGUCAAGGCUUUGUGGCUUCGGGAGCUCUGGUGGCUCUGAAGGGAAGGCUGCUGUAAGAGGGUCUUCCCCCGGGCCGGUUGUUGCCUCCCCAGGCCCGCAGUGCGGCAGGUGAGGGGCACCUUUUGCUCUGGAUCCAAGCAGUGCAGCAUGUUUGUCCCCAAGGAGCGCAGCAGCUUCUCCUCAUGUGGGUCGCUCUGCCGGACUCUCACUCACAGAAUCCUCCUCCUCUUGCCCAAACCCCAAGGCCCCUCCGCUGGAGCAAGAGGCAGAAUGUGUCGGCGACAGUGCCCGGUGCAGGCCUACUUGGGCACCUGCUGACGUCCGCAUCCCCUCGGAGUUCCCGAGACUUGCUUUUGCUGAGGCAGCCUGCUGUUCCUCGUCUCUCGCGUGGUCCCAGGUGAGAAGAGGCCUUGCUCCCGACUCAUAGCUCGGGGCUCUCCGCCUGCCGACAACAAAGAUGAGGGGCAAGUUCCAUGGGUGACAAUGGAAAGAAAGUCUUAGUGAGGGAAGGGGGUCUUGCCCAAGUGCCCCCAAACUCUAAAACUGGCACAGGUAGACAGCAGAACCAGUGAAUAUUCUGCACCCCAUGAACCAUAUAACGGAACAACUGCCAUUGAGUUCCUGCAGCUCUGGCUUUCAGACAGACUAAAUUAGACCUAAAUAUUGCUAAAUGGUUGGGUUGCGCUUGCCAGUCGACUGCAGGUCACAUGGAGCUUGCCAAAAGAUCCAGACGACCUUUCUGUCCACCGCUGUUGUAAUGCUAUUUUUCUUGAAAGCACUGUUUGCAAAAGAUAUUUCGUUACCUGUCUGGGAGGCCCUGAGAGGGAGGCAUGGUGGAUUCUUCCCCAGGUUUGCCACCAGACUUAACACUCCUGUUUUGAGGCUUGAGCAGCUUCAUCUGUUGUUACUCUGCAACUGGCAGGGUCAGCACUGUUGGCCAUGUAACUGGUUUUAUCUCUGGACUUGUUUGCCUCUUUCGGGGUGGUUAGCACUUUUUCUUUGUGUUGUUUUGCGACUGUUUCCCAGAAUCGCUACCAAAAACUGUCACAGCUACCGGAAUUCUUUCUUGUCUUUGUUUACUUGCAUUUACUUUAAGGUUAAACAUAUAUGGAUUCUCAAUGUCGUAACAGCCACAUUCUUAAGAUCCACAAGAAGCUCCAAGAUUCCAAUGCUAAAAUUAAACAUAACAAAAGAUUCCGCACUGUUAGCAUACAAUAUAAAAAGAAACUUGGUUCCAUUCAAGAAAAGUUAAAAGUAAACAAGAAGUACUAUUUCCACAUCUAAGCCAAGGCUGUUUAUUCUGCGUCAAAGUAUAGCUGCUUGUCCUAACUGUUGGUGGCAGCAUGAAAUAGAUCUCCUUAGAGGGUCCUUGCACUAAUUAAUGCAGAAUAUCAGUUGAAUAAAUAAAUAAGGUGCCCAUUUUCUAUUGUAGGCAGCCUCAGUGGAUGCGGAAUAGAUCCUAUGCUACAAUCUUUUUAAAAGAACACAAUAAUGCUGCAAUAUGGGUUAUUUUUAUAUGAAAUCCACCCAUCUAAACCUAUCCCCUGCUUAAUACUUUGGGCAAUAAACUUUCAGAAUUUUUGACCAUUUUAAUGCAAGUAUUGUAGAAACUGACAUCCAGAACCAAGUCUCUUAUGCACGGUCUCCUCCUCUCAUGGGUGGAUAUGUCACAGCGGCACACCUUGCGUGUAUGUCCAUGCAUUGCCAAAAAUGCUUUUCCAACCCCUUCAGAACUUUUAACUGAUUGAUUGACUGACUGACUGGGGCAAAAGGCCUCAUUUUAAGGAUUAAGGAGCAGAUGAGAAGCAUUUGCACCAGAGAAGAGAAUCCACACAGGCCGCAUGAAACGCUCAGGCUUGUUUACCUUAUGUUUCUCCUGAGAAAGUUCUGAGGGAACAUGGCAGCCUUUUGAUCAUGUUUUAAUUGCAUCAUGCUGCUUAGGGCGUAAGCAGCUCUUACAUCAAUCCAAUUUUGGCUGUUCUCCUCAGUGGUGGAGUUCUGGAACUCCUCUCCCCCUGCAAGCUUGUUUUUAUAUCAGAAAUGAUUGCAACACUUAUGCAAUAAUCUCAAAGCAGAGUGCAUAACCAAUACAGCACUCUAAAUCAUACAAAUGUUGACCUGUAAAGCAACACAGAGGCACACCAGUUUACAAGAUGCAGCAAAACAAAUUUACUCAAAAGCCUGGAUAAACAAAUAGGCUGUGGUUUGUGGCAGAUUUUUCGACUCAGUGCUAACUGUGCAUAAGGGAGUUUGGUGGUCGGGGGGGCAGCAUUGAGAACGUCCUUUCUUAGGCAGCUGUCUAUUGAAUAACAGGGAAAUAUGGCACCAUCCAGAGGGCAUUUCCAUUAGAUCUUAAUGCCCCAGAAGGUAGGUAAAGCAGAAGGUUCUUCAGCUCAUAUUUAGGUCCUGAGUCCUCUGUCAGCACAAGCACCUUGAACUUGGCUCAGUAGGUGUUGGCAAGUAGUACACAUCUCAAACUGCUUUAAUAUGUUCCCAGUAGGGCGUUCUAGUCCUUAGCCUAGUAUUAGGCAUUUGGUGCACCAUCUCUGCCUACUUCAAAGGCAGCCCACGGAGAGCGCUUUGAAACAGUUCAGCCCAAAGGCCAGACUGUUCCCUGCCCUGGCACGGCUGCAGAACCCGCUGAGGUUGAAGGAAGGCCCUCCUGGCUGCGCAGACUAUUUGGGCCUCCACAGAGAACGCUCCCAAGCUACCACCUGUUCCUGCACAUGGAGUUCGACCCCAUUCAGACCAAGCAGUCCCUAUUCCCCAGGUGUGGGCAACACUUGUCAGUAUUCAGUUUGUUGUUGUUGCUGUUAACAUGCUGUCAAGUCGUCUCUGACUUACGGAGACCCUAUGAAUAAAUGCUUGGUCAGCUCUUGUAAACUCAAGUUUGUGGAUUUCUUUAUGGAAUCAUCCACCUCCUUGUUGGCCUUCCCUUCUCCUCUCUCUGCCUUCAGCUUCCCUAGCAUUAAUGUCUUCUCCACGUCCACCUUCUCAUGACAUGCCCAAAUAAAACAGCUUCAGGUUCACCGUUUUUUGUUUGGAGGGCAAAUUUGAUCUAGAACCACUUGUUUGUGCUUCUGUAGGACCAGGGUCUUUGCAAAGGUCUUCCCCAGAACCCUGUUUUGAAAACACUAAUUUUCUUCACUGUCCUGCUUACAGCUUCUUGACCCUCUUCUUGUCCAGUACUGUGUCUCCUAAUGACAGCCCCAAAGAGUUUCAUGUAGUCCAGGAGACUGAGCUAGACCCCUGAGGACCUCCCAGCUUCCUUGCCAGGGGCCCAAAGCUUUGCCACUCAGUAAUGUCCUCUCCGCAUAUCUCUGCAGGCAGAACAGAACCACAUUUGGGCUUCUAAUCCCGAUGGUCAAGGUAUCAAGGGGAAUCAACAAAGUGGCUCCUCCUAUUUCCCUCUCGAUAAGAAUAAUCUGUCAGGGGAACCGAGGUUGAUCUGGUCCCAAAACCAGGCCUGAACCCCGGCUGGAACUGCUCUAGUUAACUUCCUUCAGGAGUGUCUGAAUCUCUGCAGUCACCAUCUCUUCAGGUCCCAUCCCUGAGAAAACAAUCUCUUGAGUCAGUGUGUCGUCACCAGGGCACUGAGCACCUCUGCUUCCUUCAGUUAGGUAUUUACCUAUCUGGGUGAUCACUCUCAGCUAGUUUGAACUUGUGAGGAAGGGCAGAGGCCACUGCCACGGCCUUCCCAUCCACAUCGCCAGCCCUCGGAACCUGGCUCUCAUCUCACAAAACUGGACCGGCUGGAGCAUGGGGCCCGGAGCUCGCUUGCAUCAGUGCUGAUGUCCAGGUGGAAUGAAGAUGGAAGACUUCGUCCCCAAAGUUCCUUGCAGCGGUGUCUUGGCAGUUACCUUAUUUAGAGGGCUCAGAAACAGGUCACCAUCUCAGUCUUAUAAUCACUCUUCUACAUACGGUUGAUUGGAAGGAGCUUCAAGUUUGUGGUUACCUACUGCAGCUUCUCUUUUAGUCAGCUGGUGCUAUAAAAGGAUUUCCUUUAAAUUUUGCCUCCUUUGUGGACUCACAGGACAAAUGGAGUCGGCCAGCAGAAGGCAAGUCUACCUAGUGACAGGCGGCUGUGGUUUUCUGGGUAAACACCUGGUCCAGAUGUUGCUGGAACGGGAGCCUGGCCUCGCCGAGGUGCGUGUCUUCGACGUGCAGCUGGACGAGAGCAUGCGGCAGCUGGAAAGAGUGACCCUGGUCCAGGGGGACAUCAGUGACCUGGAGGAUGUGAAAGCGGCCAUGAAAGGAGUUGACGUGGUCAUGCACACGGCUAGCCUGGUGGACGUUUGGGGCAGAGUCCAGCCUGAGAAAAUCCAAGCUGUCAACGUGCAAGGCACCCAGAACGUAAUCGAAGCAUGCGUGAUGCAAGGGACACAGUACCUGGUGUACACCAGCAGCAUGGAAGUGGUGGGACCCAACACAAAGGGGGACCCCUUCUUCAGGGGAAACGAAGAUACCAUAUAUGAAGCUAUUCACGAGCAUCCUUACCCAGUUAGCAAAGCCAAGGCUGAGCAGCUGGUAAUUGAAGCAAAUGGGCGACAGAUGAACAAUGGGAAACGGCUGGCCACCUGUGCGCUCCGGCCGACUGGCAUCUACGGGGAGAACCAUCCACUGAUGAAGGAGUUCUAUGAGAAUGGGCUCCGUACGAAGAGGUGCAUGAUCCGAGCUAUUCCAGCCUCCACCGAACACGGCAGGGUCUAUGUGGGCAAUGUGGCUUGGAUGCACCUGCUGGUGGCCCGAAAGAUGCAGGAGUCAGCUGCAGCCAUCGGGGGCCAGGUUUACUUCUGCUACGAUGACUCCCCAUACAAGAGCUACGAGGACUUCAACAUGGAGAUGCUGCGCCCCUGCGGCUUCCGCCUCCUGGGCUCCCGGCCCCUCAUGCCCUUCUUCCUGCUCCAGCUGAUAGCUCUUUUCAACAGUGUCCUGCGCUGGUUGCUGAAGCCCUUCUGCACCUACGCCCCCAUCCUCAACCCCUACACCCUGGCCAUAGCCAGCACCACUUUCACCAUUCAGACAGACAAGGCCCAGCAGCACUUCGGCUACCGGCCCUGCUACACCUGGGAGGAGAGCCGGAAGCGCACCGUCCAGUGGCUCCAGGAGAUCGACGCCCGGAGGCAAGCUGGGAAGUAGAGCCCAGUCAGGGACAAAGGGCAGGACAUUCGGGUCAGGGAGAGGCCUCUCAAAGCAAUUCAAGGGUGGGUCUUGCCACUGCCGGGACCCUUUUCUGCUUAUUUGCAGAACGGGGCCCUGGUGUCAUCUCAGACAGCUCCGGAUCUUGUUUUUCUGUUGUGACUGAACCGCUAUGAAUCACCUACAUUUUGCCCAUUUAUAGCACUUAAAGUCUGCUGAGCUCUUUACAGCAGUAGAAGAAUGCAAAAGCCAAAAAAGGGGAGAAAUGGUGGAUUUGGGGGAUCCAGCACCAACGAAAACCGUUUUGGAUGCUGUCAGAGUGCAUCAGAGAACACUUCAGUUCCCGGAGUACUGUGCUUUUUCUGCCAAGGUUUUGGUCCAUUUUUAGAACGAUGGCGAUUUUGCUUGAGUACGAUGCACAUUCCAAAUCCUCUCUGGUGGGAAGCGCCCACUUCCGCUUCUUAGUCCCCGCCAGUGCCGUUUUGGCAAGCUUUGAUCUUGCAUGCUACAGACCAGUGGGAUGGGGAAUGCGGGGGGGGGGGGGGAGGGAGUAUGCGAUUUCCUUGCAUCCUUCCUUACAGCAACAGGGAAUCCCCUUCACUACUGUACAAUUCCAAUAUUUUCCUUCCUACCUCAGUGACCACUACACCACUGAUUUCAGUGAAAUUAGGAGCUGACUGAGUGUUCUAAUUUAAUCUAAGCAAUGGCAAGUCAUCUGAGUGGGCGAAGUGACUUCAUUUAUUAUGACCAAAGUCAUGCUGCACCAGCUCUCUGGGAAAUGCUUUUAUUGUCAAGAUAUUUUCUUUUCGUCACUUUUGGGGCAGGGGAGGGGGCUGGGCUGGGCUUGUGCAAUAAAGCUGGAACGUCUAGCAUGACAAAUAACUUGACGAGGUUUAGAAUCUAUUAUUUUUACUACUUUUUCUGCAAAGCCGGGAAGAUGAGGCAUUAAUCUUGCUCGCCUUAUACACGGGGGGAGUCUAGGGCUUAACAGGUGGUGCCUGGAAGGUUGGGGAGUGGAGAAAAGAGGGGCCAGAGCUGAAUGGUGCUUGGGAGGAAGCUGUGGAUGAUGGUUGGCUAUUGGUGGGAGAUGUUCAACUGUGCCUGAAGGCCUCUGGCAGACCCUGAUGAAUGUGAAGAGCAGAUAAUUCAAGGCCCUUUGCUUGAUGGUGUCGUUCUUUCCCUUCAAUAUCGGGACAUAGGCUAAUUUGGGUUAGGGUCCAAAAGUCAGGCAGUUGCAUUGAUCUGCAUCAAGACCACCACUUCAUGUCCACCAGAAUCAGGUCUGUGGUAAGACUUCUGGAUGCAAAUGGCGCCUUUCAGAUCAAGCCACCCCAAAACACUUUGCAUUACGGGGAAUCCAUUUUCCCGCCAGUUUCUGUGACGAUUGGCACUCAGCUUGGAGGGGACAGGCGAGCCGGCAAGGACGGCAGGUGGCAUCAUCGUCCUGUCGUUCAGCUAGUCGUGGAAGCUGACGCUGGAUGCUCCAGCUGCACCUGGGGUUGGACGCUGGGAAAGAGGUAAAUCCCCCGAACACUUCGCUGCAGUUUUGAGACCGGGUUGGGCAACCUUGGCCAGAGCUCUUGCAGUAUCUUUUUAGAUUAUCAGUCUUGAAUUUUGAAUGAAAGGCAAAGGUUCAACCCUUACACAGGUUGGUAGAGUUACAAAGAUGCAGAAAAUGGCAAAGAAACCAAGAAUACCUUCUGUAGGAGGAAAGGGGUAGUUGGACAUACUUUAGGAUUUUUUAAGGUGAUUUGGGGGAGGGGGUUGUGAUGAAGAGGUAAAGAAUUCUGCAUGCUCUGUAGAAAGGGAAUAGAGGGGCUUUCCUCCCUCCUGUGUAACACUGCAAUUAGGGGUGCUUCCUGCUGUUUGGCAGGCAAUUUGGCACAAACAAAAUGAUGUCUUUUGCAGUGCAUUAAUGAACUUUGUUGCUGGAAGACGCAACUGCCACUGCCUUAGCUCGCUUGUGAAAGAGAAGAGACAAAUUCAUGGAGGAUCCGGCAGUGCUCAGCUACUGGGCUGAUGGCCAUUUGCAGCUCGCAGGUCCAGGGGCGGAGUGUGCCACCGAUGUCACACCCUGGUUCUGGGCUUUGCAAAGGCUUCUGGCUGGUCAUUGUGGGAAACGGGAUGAUGGGCUAGAGGGGUUUCUGAUGUGCUCCAGUGAGUGCCUACAGUCCAAGCAAUAACAGGCUGAGUUUGUAUGACUGGGGGAAGGAAAGAAGUCUGGGUGUGCUGUGUAUGCCUGCAGUGGCACAAGGGUUGUCACAUCCAACCGCCCAGGUGGGUGGCAGGGACGGUUCCCAAACGACCCCAUAAUCCACGACUACCUCUAGAGUUCCCAGAUUGUUGAGAAACCACUUGCACCGGGUUCAGGCAACUUGAGUGUGGUGCACAUGAUGUUGGAAAUGAGGUGGUACAUAACCAACAGAUGCGAGGUGGAGAAAAGAGUCCCCUGCGGUUUCUUUCCCUUCUCCGAUCAGCCAAAUAUAUUGAUUCCUUUGAGUUUGUUUUAUGCAAAUAAAUAUAUAUUGAACUAUA